AUGCCGACGCUUUGCAGCAUCUGCACAACAGCACGUGCCCUUGUGAAGAGGCCCAAGACAGGACAGCAAGUCUGCAAGCAGUGCUUCUUUGACGUGUUCGAGGAAGAGGUCCACAUUACCAUCACGCAGGGAGCUCAAGGUGGAGGAAGCAUCUUUGAGCGAGGAGAAAAGGUCGCCAUUGGUGCCAGUGGAGGCAAGGACUCGACGGUCCUUGCACACGUCCUUACGGUGCUGAACAGGCGAUACGACUAUGGCCUCGACCUGUACUUGCUGUCCAUCGAUGAGGGCAUCAAGGGAUACCGAGACGACUCGCUCGAGACCGUCAAGCAAAACCAGGCCGAGUACGGCCUCCCGCUCAAGAUUCUGUCCUACGACGAGCUCUACGGAUGGACAAUGGACAAGGUCGUCGACCAAGUCGGAAAACGCAACAACUGCACCUUCUGUGGCGUGUUCCGUCGCCAGGCGCUCGACCGCGGUGCCGCCGGUCUUGGAGUGGACCAUAUUGUGACAGGCCACAAUGCCGAUGACAUUGCCGAGACUGUCUUGAUGAACAUUCUCCGUGGUGACGUUGCUCGCCUGCAGAGGUGUACGGCCGUGACGACGCAGUCCGAGGAUACUAUCAAGCGGUCCAAGCCAUUCAAGUAUGCGUAUGAAAAGGAAAUUGUCAUGUAUGCCUACUUUAAGAAGCUCACCUACUUCUCGACGGAAUGCAUCUACUCUCCUGAAGCCUACCGCGGCUACGCGCGCGUCUUCCUCAAGGACCUCGAGGCCGUCCGCCCAUCGGCUAUUGUCGACAUUAUCCGCUCAGGAGAGAGCUUUGUUCUAGACCAGGCCACGCAGAGGUCCAUGAAGGCGAUGCGUAGGUUCAGAACCUCGCCAGCUCGAGCUAACCUUCAGAAACCUGCAAGCGCUAAAGCGUGCGCUCUCCUCCAAGGCCUCGAGAGUGGUCUCGAUCGCGCCGCAGUCCGCACAACUCAAAUGGCUGGUGGCGAAGCACCUGAAGGCCAGCGCUCGAUCCCCAUGUUCGAGCGCAAGUUGCGAGUUGCCGACGGUAACGCGACCGAAGGGAUUGAGCGGGCAGUUCAGAGGGUUGAGAUCAAGACAGAGUAG